AUGGAAUUCUUUCUUUAGAUAAAACUUGCCAUUCACCAACCCUGAUCAAAGCCGCCUACCUCAGAUUUUUCUAAUGAUCCCAAAGACAUUGACUGGCACUGAUUAACAUGCUCGGGUGUGUUUGACUAGGGUUGGAGCUAAACUCUGCAGGAAUGUGGAUCUCGAAGUCCAGAUUUAAGGAUCUCUGGUCUAUAUGCACAAACUAAAGCUGACUAUCUGUGUUCAUGCAGUGAAGCCAGGUCAAUGUCCCAUACCGGAGAUGAUCCCACUCUGUGCUGAUAGCUGUUUCAAUGAUGGCCAGUGUCCUGCCACACAGAAAUGUUGCCCAACCACCGGUGGCUUUGCAUGCAGUGAACCGCGUGGCCAGGGAAGAGGUCAGGCAACUUGCCAUGGAAAUGGUUCUGGCCAGGGAAGCGGCUAUGGCCAGGGCGCGGGACAGGGCGCAGGACAGGGAAGCGGCUAUGGCCAGGGCGCAGGUCAGGGAAGCGGCUUUGGUCAGGGUGCAGGGCAGGGUGCUGGCCAGGGAAGCGGCUAUGGCCUGGGAAGCGGCUAUGGCCAGGGUGCAGGAGCUGGACAGGGAAGUGGCGCAGGAGCUGGACAGGGAAGCGGCUAUGGCCAGGGCGCUGGAGCAGGACAGGGAAGCGGCUAUGGCCAGGGCGCUGGAGCAGGACAGGGAAGCGGCUAUGGCCAGGGCGCUGGAGCAGGACAGGGAAGCGGCUAUGGCCAGGGCGCUGGAGCAGGACAGGGAAGCGGCUAUGGCCAGGGCGCAGGAGCUGGACAGGGAAGCGGCUAUGGCCAGGGCGCAGGAGCUGGACAGGGAAGCGGCUAUGGCCAGGGCGCAGGAGCUGGACAGGGAAGCGGCGCUGGAGCGGGACAGGGAAGCGGCACUGGCCAGGGCGCUGGAGCAGGACAGGGAAGCGGCACUGGAGCAGGAGCAGGACAGGGAAGUGGCUAUGGCCAGGGCGCAGGAGCAGGACAGGGAAGCGGCGCAGGAGCAGGACAGGGAAGCGGCGCAGGAGCAGGACAGGGAAGCGGCGCAGGAGCUGGACAGGGAAGCGGCUAUGGCCAGGGCACAGGAGCAGGACAGGGAAGCGGCGCUGGAGCAGGAGCAGGACAGGGAAGCGGCGCAGGAGCUGGACAGGGAAGCGGCUAUGGCCAGGGCACAGGAACAGGACAGGGAAGCGGCGCUGGAGCAGGAGCAGGACAGGGAAGCGGCGCUGGAGCAGGAGCAGGACAGGGAAGCGGCGCUGGAGCAGGAGCAGGACAGGGAAGCGGCGCUGGAGCAGGAGCAGGACAGGGAAGCGGCGCUGGAGCAGGAGCAGGACAGGGAAGCGGCGCUGGAGCAGGACAGGGAAGCGGCGCUGGAGCAGGACAGGGAAGCGGCGCUGGAGCAGGACAGGGAAGCGGCGCUGGAGCAGGAGCAGGACAGGGAAGCGGCGCUGGCCAGGGCGCUGGAGCAGGAGCCGGACAGGGAAGUGGCGCUGGAGCAGGAGCAGGACAGGGAAGCGGCGCUGGAGCAGGAGCAGGACAGGGAAGCGGCGCUGGCCAGGGUGCUGGAGCAGGACAGGGAAGCGGCGCUGGCCAGGGUGCUGGAGCAGGACAGGGAAGCGGCUAUGGCCAGGGCGCUGGAGCAGGACAGGGAAGCGGCGCUGGCCAGGGCGCUGGAGCAGGACAGGGAAGCGGCGCUGGCCAGGGCUCUGGAGCAGGACAGGGAAGCGGCGCUGGGGCAGGAGCCGGACAGGGAAGCGGCGCUGGGGCAGGAGCCGGACAGGGAAGCGGCGCUGGCCAGGGUGCUGGAACAGGAGCAGGACAGGGAAGCGGCUAUGGCCAGGGCGCAGAAGCUGGACAGGGAAGCGGCGCUGGAGCAGGAGCAGGACACGGAAGCGGCACUGGAGCAGGACAGGGAAGCGGCGCUGGCCAGGGCGCUGGAGCAGGACAGGGAAGCGGCGCUGGCCAGGGCGCUGGAGCAGGACAGGGAAGCGGCUAUGGCCAGGGCGCUGGAGCAGGACAGGGAAGCGGCUUUGGCCAGGGCGCUGGAGCAGGACAGGGAAGCGGCGCUGGAGCAGGACAGGGAAGCGGCGCUGGAGCAGGACAGGGAAGCGGCGCUGGAGCAGGACAGGGAAGCGGCGCUGGGGCAGGAGCAGGACAGGGAAGCGGCGCUGGGGCAGGAGCCGGACAGGGAAGUGGCGCUGGAGCAGGACAGGGAAGCGGCGCUGGCCAGGGUGCUGGAACAGGAGCAGGACAGGGAAGUGGCGCUGGAGCAGGAGCAGGACAGGGAAGUGGCGCUGGGGCAGGACAGGGAAGCGGCUAUGGCCAGGGCGCAGGAGCUGGACAGGGAAGCGUCUAUGGCCAGGGCGCUGGAGCAGGACAGGGAAGCGGCGCUUGCCAGGGCGCUGGAGCCGGACAGGGAAGCGGCGCUGGGGCAGGAGCCGGACAGGGAAGCGGCGCUGGGGCAGGAGCCGGACAGGGAAGCGGCUAUGGCCAGGGUGCUGGAACAGGAGCAGGACAGGGAAGUGGCGCAGGAGCCGGACAGGGAAGUGGCGCAGGAGCUGGACAGGGAAGCGGCGCUGGAGCAGGAGCAGGACAGGGAAGUGGUCAAGGGAAGUGUCGGGGAUGUGGCAAAGGUCAAUGUCGCCUUUAGGGACAUGUUCAUGGGAAUUUUGCAUAAUACUUUCUGGGGAUCUUUUCCAAUGCUUUUGUUCAGAUGUCAUGUUUUCCCUGUUUGCUCAAACUGUUUAGAAAGAUUUUCUGACUCUCUCUACCACUACUAUCACCUCAAAUAAAUAAAAAAUUGCUUGAUUUGAA